AUGACAAAAAAAACUACCAAAAAUGAAGUAUGCUAUUCUAUUUCUAUUGAUUAUAUUAUUUGCUUAAAUAUUAGUAAAGUUGAAGCAACUAGUUUAACUAAAUAUCAGUCUAAUAGAAAAGUAACAUUUAUAGUUAAUUGGGUUAGUAAUAAAAAUAAAGAAGAAUCCAUAGCAAGUGAACAAUCUGCAAGUCUUGUUACUGAUAAUUGA